UGAUAUAGGGAGCCAUGAUUUCAAGCAGCAACUUAUUUCAUAAAACCCACUAUGAGAUCCUAGGUGUGAAGGAAGAUGCAAAUUUGGAAGAAGUCCGUAAAGCCUAUCGUUCAGCCAUACUUUGUUUUCAUCCAGACAAGCAACAAAAUGCAUCAGAAACAUCCAAUUCUGAAUGUCUGACAGAGAACAAAUUUUUGGAGAUACAGAGAGCCUGGGAAACCAUUGGCAACCCAAGGUCACGUGCACUUUAUGACGCUGAAUUGCUUACUUUGAGACAGGAUGCAGCAAUAUCUGAAGAUGUCAGCUUAGAUGACCUUACAGUUCAAGAUUCUGGUGAUAUUAUAGAGCUUUCUUAUCCUUGUAGAUGUGGUGACUACUAUUUCAUCGAUUCGUUUGAGUUGGCAGACACGGGUUGUUCAAUAUCAAGAGACGGGGAAAUGGUAUCUUUGCUAACGUCUAAAUCGUUGCCAACAUCUGUUGUGCUUCCCUGUGGAUCUUGCUCUCUUAAAGUUCGCUUACUGAUCAAUGGUUCCUUUUGCUCAAGUCUUCACCUUAAAAAGAUUAAAGCCUCAUAUUUUCAAGAUAGAAAGCCACUUUCAAGCAGAAAUUUCAAAUGGGAAAUCAGAAGAUAG